AUGUCUGUCCAGCUCCAGAAGAGAAAGGCUCCGACCUCAUUAGAGGGAUUUAACAAAAGAUUGCGCGUUGAAAGACCAUCCCCUCUGGACGAUCUCGCAGCACCUGAAAACGACGACGAAGAUUAUGAACAUAGCUCCUCUCGGUCGAGUAACGCUUAUUCGGAAGAAGGGAAUGAGGCAGAGACUCCAAUUACGCCAUGUUCGCCAGCGCGGAAGAAAUUCCCAUCUGAGUUGAAGACGAUCAAGUGCCACUAUCCAGGAUGCUAUAAGACCUUCAACCGCCCAGUAAGGCUACAAUCUCAUAUGCGAUCGCACGUAAAUGAGCGCUCAUGCGUGUGCCAAUACGAGGGUUGUGACAAGGCUUAUUUCGAAGAGAAGCAUCUCCAACAACAUAUCAAGGGCUCACAUACCAAAGAACGAACCUAUGUCUGCGAUUGGGAAGGAUGUACGAAGAGCUUUUUGACUGGCACAAGGCUCCGAAGGCAUAAAGAGGCACAUGAAGGACAUGAACGAUUCAGGUGUACGGCCUAUCCGCCCUGUAAUCAAACCUUCCGCAAGCAUCAAACCCUCCAAAGGCAUAUCCGCUCGGAUCACCUCCAACUUACUCCGUUUCCUUGCACAUACAUUGAUCCGGUGACCAAGGUUGCCUGCAAUGCUGGCUUUGACGGGGCGGUUGGCCUGCGGAAGCACGAAGAGCGAGUGCACGCAACGCCCGGUUUCGCCUGUACAGCUUGUCCUGUUCUAGGCUCAUUCAAUCCCGACGGCAGUCAGAAGCUUCUUGGGUUCGCAACAAAAGCCCAACUCCAGACCCAUAUCCGUAAAGAACACGCCAAUUGCAUGUUCUGUGACUUGAAAUGUUCUAGCCAACGAGAAUUACAAAGUCAUAUCGAGAGCCAACACUCUGGUAAAAGUCUUGACGAGCGCAAGACCGUCCGUUGCACAUAUAUCGGCUGUGACAGCACUUUCACCAAGAAGUCUAACCUUGCGGUACACGUCCGCUCCAUCCACAAUGGCGAGCGUUAUAUCUGUGGGACCUUAGAUAUCAGCUCAAAUCCGGAACUCGCAGCCUUUGCCGCGGAGAGUGGCUGCGGGAAGGACUUCGUGUCAAAAGCCAAUCUCGAAGGCCACAUCCGAAAUUUCCAUCUAAGGAUGGCUGGGAAUACCUCUGCCUCAUUGCAUAAAACAAGAACCCCAAAGCCAAAACCGUCUGCAAUAGAUGAAUUAAUGGGAAACUCCUAUGCUGCGGACCCGAAGCGCAACAUUCCUUGCCUGGCCCCGACUUGCUUGCACAAAUUUAUUAGAGACUACGAUUUACAAGUCCACAUGCGAACAGCACAUAAUAGCUUCCCCGGUGAUCCUUCUAUGGAAAUCGAUACUGAUUUCGCCGGCUUGCCCCUAGGAGAAAGCAGUAAUGAAGGCGUGGCCACGCCGGAGAUGGGAGAUCCACUAUGCGGAACACCAGAUAUUGACUGGGAGCUGCAGCGGCGAGCAUUGGAAGGUGGACCCUUUUGGGUCGGUGCAACCAAUCCCUCUACUCCGAAUCAAGAUUCAUGGAAGCAGGAAGAGGCUGAGAUGAGACAGUUGAUAGAUUUCAACGAGGGCGUUCUCGACCCGAGUUUGGUUGGCUUGUGA